GUUGGAUGUGUUUGUAACAAUGCUGAAAUUCGUAAUGAAACUCUCUAUGGUCAGCCUACUGAGGGCGCUCUUCUGGCACUAGCUAUGAAGAUGGACAUGCAUGAUACAAGAAGCAAGUACACAAGAACACUUGAGAUUCCUUUCAGUUCAGACAAUAAAUGGAUGGCUGUCAAAUGUCAACCACUUAAAAAUAAUGUCACUCAGGAAGUAUAUUUCAUGAAAGGAGCUCUAGAAAGGGUCCUUAAUCAGUGUAAGACUUUUAACAAUUAUGGAACACCAGCAACACUUACAGUCAAGAGGCUUGAAAUGUUUGCAGAAGAAGCUAAAAUGUUUGGAAGAUCCGGACUUCGAGUACUGGCUAUGGCUGUUGGUACUGAUAUGAAUGCAUUAACAUUUGUUGGAAUGGUUGGGAUUAUUGAUCCUCCUAGACCUGGUGUCAUUGAGUCCAUACAUACAUUAUUAGGUACAGGGGUAUCUAUUAAAAUGGUCACUGGUGAUGCAGAGGAAACUGCUGUUGCAAUUGUUACAGUAGAUUAUUUACAAGCUGAUCCCAGACCAAUUUGUAACGGCCGGGCUCGUAACAGGGACCACAUGAUCCCCGAGCAGGGUGUGAGUCCG